ACAGACACACACACACACACACAGAGGCGUCCAGACACUUACACAUGCUGGUCAGAGACAUCACUGUGACAUCAUGAGCUCCCCCGCCGGGCACACGGACAGGCCUGCUGAUGACAGGUACGCCAAGGACAGGGCUCCUGUAGGGGCCUCAGGCAACUCACACAUCCAGGACAUGGAGCUGAGGGAGGAGUGGCAGGACGACGGCUUCCCCAGCCCUUUCCCAGAGGACUGUGGGAGUCCAGAGGAGGCAGAGAGCCCGUCAGGUGGCGUGCAGCACCCAGCUCCGCCCACUACCCUCGCCCUAUCAGGAACAGUUGGGGGUGGGGCCAAGAAGCGCCUGGUAGCCCCAUCACUCAGCCUCACUCUGGGCCGCCGUGAUUCUCACGACCAGAGCAACGACGGCUUCUCUGCCGCUGCGCUGUCGACGACGCCAGAUGAGACGCCGUCACUGGAUAUCAACUUGGAGGCUCUGGAGACGCCUUCAGGCAGCGAGACAGGAACGCUGCCAGACAGCCACCACGAGCUGGAGUGGGAGGAUGACCUCCCUCGGAUGUCGAGGGGCGGGGCCGUGGGCAUGUCGAGGAGCCCGGUGGAGCAGUCAGAGGGUCUGAUUGAGCUGGACAAGGUGGACAACGAGGGACGCCGCUGGAGGAGGUUCUGCAUUGCUGGACAUGAAUACCACGUCAACAUGAGCGUCCUGGAGCCGUACCUGCAGGUCCUCUCACAUGGAGGUUACUAUGGAGAGGAUAUGAACGCCAUCAUCCUGUUCACCUCCUGCUACCUGCCAGAGAACACGGUGGAGGACUACGAGUAUGUCAUGGACAACCUGUUCAGGUACAUUGUGGGAACAUUGGACCUGAUGGUUUCAGAGAACUACAUGCUGGUCUACCUGUGUGCCAUGGCUCCCAGAAACAAACUACCGUCCAUCAAAUGGCUCCACCAGUGUUACACGUCCAUUGACAGGAGGCUGAAGAAGGACCUGAAGGGGCUGCUGGUCGUCCAUCCUGCCUGGUACAUCAGAGCUGUCCUCACACUGGUCAAACCCUUCAUCAGUGAUAAGUUCAGCAGGAAGAUUCGGUUCAUUCACAGUCUGAGGGAACUGUCUCAGUUCAUCCCCACAGAGAGACUACAGAUCCCAGAUGCUAUACGGCAGUUUGAUGAGAAGCUGAACAGAUGACGAUCACAGAGGUCGACAGACUGGAUGGAUCCUAAAGGUCAAAGGUCAUCGGGAUUCCUCCAUGUACAGAACAAACACACAGAGACUCUGGGUUUAUUUAUACUGUCUUUAAAUCAGGGGAGGGUAAGUUAAGCGUCUGGUUCUCCUGCAGCUUCAGACUCAGGUGGUCUACCUGUGGACCCUCACCAGGUGUCAGGACAGGUAGAUGGAGCUGAAUCUCAAAGUGUGAAGCUGUCGUGGGAAACCAUCAUGUGUCUGAUUCAGGACUGUAGAUCCUGAACACUGUACAAACUCAUGAAUCAUGUAAAUAUGAUCAUUUAUCUUUAAAGUUACCUGUGUCUGUCGGCUGCUGCAGGAAGAACUCAUGUACUAAGUUUAUAUAUGUUCACUGUAACACAGUGAACAUAUAUAACACACUCAGGUUACAGCACACUGAGCAGGUGUUUGACCUGUCAUCUACCUGUAAUAAAAGCAACGAUCAAAUCUUUUUAACUUAAUUAGACCAGUUUGUUUUUCACAUUUUUACUAUUUUACAGCAUAAACAAUCUGAUCCUAAAGGUGGAACAACUCAAUGAUUAUGUUUCUGGGUCUAAAGCACGCAACUUUUGGAUUUAAUAACAUUUUAUAAUAUUUAAUGACAUGACUGUCACCACCAGAAUUAUAUGAAUUAAAAAACUUCAUUAAUCAACUAUUGAAACAUCAUUUCUUGUUAACUUAAGUUAGAAGACCCAGACCAGCAGACCUGAGGGGCCUGUUUGGACGGUACAGUGUGAGAAGCUCAGCUAUAUACUACGGUGCCAGAUCACUGAGAGCCUUGUAUGUGAUUAAAAUAACUUUAAAAUGAUUCUUAAAGAGACUAGAAGCCAAAAUAGAUGUGAUGUGUGAGGAUCGUUUUGUUUUGAUCAAAAGCCUAGCUGCUGAAUUUUAAAUGAUUUGGAGCUGGUGUAUAGAUUGAUUGUUUCAGCAGGUGAACAAGGUCUUACAUUAACCAAGGCGGGAGACUAAGAGCAUUUAUGAUUUUCAUGUGAGCUACAUUUGGAAAUAUUCCUCAGCUGUUGUUGCUCCGGAGUCAAAUUACUGUCCAGAAUAAUACCCUGAUUUUUUACACCUGAUUUUAUGCUGGGAGUGAGGGGGCUUAUGAGUGGCUGAAUUUGUUUGGAGUCAUGUUCAGGGCCAAUGAUGAGAACUUCUGUCUUUUCAUAUACUUGGUUUUAACCUAUUCUUGUUCUCCAUUUGAUGACUGACCUGAGAUCAGCCCCUUAUCAGUCCAGCAGAGGGCAGUCUGUCCACACUAACACCACCAGGUCUCAAACUGAGGUCCUGGUUCCUGCAGGGUCCUUCAGACUGUCACUGGAAGUUUUAUUAAGACACAUUUUAGCCUCUUAAGCUUAGACUUUUCCCUUACAUGUCACCUUGAGUAAUUUUAAAUCAAUAAAUAUGUAGUGUACUUUGUUUUUUUUUUUGGCUCUUCUCUUUGAACACUUAAAGAUCACCAGAAUUUAAAAUAAAGUUAUGAGCCCUGUUCGCGUGGGACUAAUAAUACCCGGGGACCCUUUUGUAAUUUGUAAUAAAUGCAGAGGUAUUCUGUGAUGUUAAUCCUGUGCAAAUCUGCCAUAGCCAUAAUUUGACAAAUUAAUAUUCCAUCGCAGAUUACCUACCAUACUUCACCAAACACACAGGUCAUGUGAUGAUAUUAGUCCAGUGCAAAUUGGCAUCUCGGUGAUUUGGGGUUGUACUUUUGUUUCCUCCACGCCUCUUUUCUGCAUAUUUUCUGCACAGCAAGUAUGGAGGCUGCGUUGGCUUCGAAAUGGAAGUUUUGACAGCAUUUUAGGUGCAGGAGGCUCUUGCUACAGAUGAGAUGAGAUGGAUGACACUGACAAUGUGUGGCAGGACCGGUUUGUCAUGGCUUGGCACCUGUUAGCUUUAGCCUCAGUCUGGUUGCAUGACAUCAUGUACUGCGCUCAAAUGAAACUCUACAACUCUUUGGUUUGAGAAAGAAGAACAGAAAUACUGCUUUGUGAGUAUACGCCUCCGCAAACCAGUCACUUUACAUCCAUGUCUGUUAAAACAUGGAUGCUUCACACACAGCUUCUGCCCGACAGCACAGAAGAUCUAUAAUCAGCACAGUUUUAAGGUGGACACAAGAUUAGAGUCACCAAUUCUGUAUCUGACCAAAUGUCUCCCCUUCUGUUCCUGAGAUUUGCAGAACAUUAUGAUGUCACAGUGAAGUUGACCUUGACCUUUUGGAUAUAAAAUGUCAUCACUUCUUUUUUUUUUUUUUUU